CCUAGCACAUCACACCAAACACGAUCAUGGUGCAUCCUCACGUCCUCCUUGUAACAUUCCCCUCACAAGGCCAAAUCAAUCCAGCCCUCCAAUUCGCCAAGCGUCUCGUUCGCUUGGGCGCGCAUGUCACCUUCACCACAAGCGUCUUCGCCCACCGUCGCAUGACCAAAACCCUUACUCCUCAUGACGACGGAUUGUCGUUCGCCACCUACUCCGAUGGCUACGACAACGGGACUGAACCCGAUAUUGAUUUUGACGACUACAUGUCCGAGCUCAAGCGCCACGGCUCCCAAACUCUCACCGACCUUAUCCUUUCCAGCGCAAAUGAGGGCCGCAGUUUCACGUGCUUAGUAUGCACAACGCUCAUCCCCUGGGCUGCGGACGUGGCGAGUGGACUUGACCUCCCAUCAGCGCUUCUCUGGAUUCAACCUGCCACGGUUUUCGACAUAUACUACUACUACUUCAAAGGAUAUGGUGAUCUCAUCGAGAACAGCAGCCGUGACCCAUCACGCUCGAUACAAUUACCAGGGCUGCCGUUGCUCACUAGUCGUGACCUUCCCUCCUUUUUGGUUGCUUCAAAUACAUAUGCUUUUGCAAUCCCUACAUUGCAAGAGCAACUUAAAGCACUUGAAAAGCAAGGCAAUCCCAGAAUACUAGUGAAUACCUUUGAUUCAUUAGAGCCGGAGGCCUUAACAGUGAUCAAAGAAUAUAAUUUGAUUGCAAUUGGACCGCUAAUUCCAUCUGCUUUUUUGGGUGGAAAAGAUCCAUCCGAUACUUCUUUUGGGGGGGAUCUUUUUCAACGCUCCAAGGAUCACUAUAUAGAAUGGCUCAACUCUAAGCCCACAUCAUCCGUUAUUUACGUGUCAUUCGGGAGCUUAGCGGUAUUAGCCAAGCAACAAUUGGAGGAAAUUGCACGCGGAUUGUUGGAUUGCGGCCGCCCCUUCUUGUGGGUCAUAAGAUCUAAGGAAAACGAAGAAGAGAAGGAAGAAGAGAAACUGAGUUGUAGAGAGGAAUUGAAAGAAAGGGGGAUGAUAGUGCCAUGGUGCUCUCAGGUGGAGGUUUUGUCACACCCCUCAUUGGGAUGUUUUGUAACACAUUGUGGGUGGAAUUCAACUUCUGAGAGUUUGGUUUGUGGAGUGCCUGUGGUGGCGUUCCCCCAGUGGUCGGAUCAAUGCACAAAUGCGAAGCUGAUCGAAGACGUGUGGAAGACGGGUGUGAGGGUGACUGCAAAUGAGGAUGGAAUUGUUGAAGGUGAUGAGAUCAAGAGGUGCUUGGAAUUGGUUAUUGGAGGUGGAGAGAGGGGGGAAGAAAUGAGAAGGAAUGCUAAGAAAUGGAGGGAUUUGGCUAGAGAGGCUUCGAAGGAAGAGGGUUCUUCAUAUAAGAAUCUUAAAGCCUUUGUAUAUGAGAUUGAAGAAGGUCGUUGUUAAACUAAAGAGAGUAUGUUUGUGUUAUGGGGAAUGAUAUUUAUACUUUUUGUGCACAACAAUUACACUUAUACAAGACAUAUUGGGGUAGGGCCCACACACUGAACCCCAACACAAUGUAUCUUGUGUAAGUGUAGCUGUUGUGAGGAUGAUGUGUAAGUAUUAUUUUUCGUGUGUUAUAGUCCUUUCGGUCCGUACGUGAAUGCUAAAAUGUUUGUAAUGGUGAAAAUCGUUGUUAAAUUUAAAUUUCAGUAAUAAAUUUUUUAUUAUUAUUAUUA